AUGAGAUGUUCACCAGUAAAGCUUAUAGCAUCAUGGCUUCUGUUUCUGCAUUUGAUAUCUGCUAUCUCUACUGAGACAUUGACAUAUACAGGUACAGUUAUUAGUUAUUCUACUACUACUGAUAUUGGGAGAGACACCACGGCAGUAAUCGAAUACAUUCCAAUUUCAAUUGUUACCCUGACAGAAGAAUGGACUGGAACAACAACUAGUUACACCACAACUACAGAUGCUAUCGGAGGCACUGCUACUGUUAUUGAAUAUGUUCCUAUUUCCCAGGUCACCGUGACUGAGAUCUGGACAGGGUCGGUGACAAGCUACUCUACCGUUACUGAUAUAUUUGGGGGAAUAGAAACCAUAUUAGAAUUUAUUCCUAUUCCAACUGUGACUCUGACCGAGACUUGGACUGGAGAGGGUACUAGUUAUACUACAACUACUGAUGUCAUUGAAGGUACUGCUACUGUCAUUGAGUUCGUUCCAUCGUCAACUACUACUGUAACUGAAGCUUGGACUGGAUCAGUCAUAAGUUACGUCACAACUGUUGGUCCUCUUGGAGGAACUGCUACUGUUAUCGAGUAUGUACCAAUUUCAACUGUUACUACUACAGAUGCUUGGACCGGUACAACAACUAGUUACACCACUAGUACUGAUAUUAUUGGAGGCACUGCUAUUGUGUUUGAAUAUAUUCCAGCUUCCGCUUCCACAGAAACUGUUUUCUGGACAGGCACGACCAUUAGUUAUGGUUUAACAACAGAUAUUAUUGAAGACAUCACUGCUGUUGUUGAAUAUGUUCCAAUUUCAGUGACAACUGUCACUGAAGAUUGGACUGGUACUACCACUAGCUAUACCACAACUACCAAUCUUUUUGGAGGUACUGCAACUGUAAUCGAGCUUGUGCCAGGAUCAGAAACAACGGAAACGAUCACUUGGACUGGAACUACUACUAGUUAUGGAUUAACAACUGAUAUAGUUAACGACAUUACCGCUGUUGUGGAAUAUGUUCCAAUUUCUGUAACAACUAUCACUGAAGCUUGGACUGGAGAAGGUACUAGUUAUACUACAACCACUGAUGUCAUUGGAGGUACUGCUACUGUCAUUGAGUUCGUUCCAUCGUCAACUACUACUGUAACUGAAGCUUGGACUGGAUCAGUCACAAGUUACGUCACAACUGUUGGUCCUCUUGGAGGAGAUGUUACUGUUAUAGAAUAUGUACCAAUUUCAACUGUUACUGUCACGGAUGCUUGGACAGGUGCUUCAACUAGUUAUAGUACAACAACGGAUAUCUUUGGAGGAGAUGUUACAGUGAUUGAGUACAUCCCACUUUCGUAUGUCACCAUCACAGAACCUUGGACUGGUACAUCAACCAGUUACACUACAACUACCGACAUUUUCGGAGGUGCUGCUACAGUUAUUGAAUAUGUUCCAGGAACAGCUGUUACUGUGACUGAGGUGUGGACUGGAUCAACAACUAGUUAUACUACUAAUGUGGAUAUUUUUGGAGAUGAGACUGUUAUUGAAUACAUUCCAGGCACUGGAGUUACAGAAACAAUAACAUGGACUGGUACUACUACUAGUUAUAGUGUGACAACCGAUAUUAUUGGUGGAAAUACUGCCAUUGUCGAAUACGUCCCAGCAUCAGUAGUUACUGUUACAGAUACAUGGACAGGAACAAGUACUAGUUAUACUACAACUACUGAUCUUUUGGGAGGUACUGCUACUGUCAUUGAGUUCGUUCCAUCGUCAACUACUACUGUAACUGAAGCUUGGACUGGAUCAGUCAUAAGUUACGUCACAACUGUUGGUCCUCUUGGAGGAACUGCUACUGUUAUCGAGUAUGUACCAAUUUCAACUGUUACUGUUAUAGAAACUUGGACAGGUACUUCUACUAGUUAUACUACUACUACUGAUAUUUUUGGAAAUACUGCUACUGUAUUAGAAUAUGUCCCUAGUUCUGAGGUUCUGAGUACCUCUAGUAGCGUGUUAUCUUCUUCUACAGAAGUUUCAGAAUCAUCUUCAGCUAAUUCUUCUUCCGAAUUCGAAAGUAGUUCAUCUUUUGAAUCAAGCUAUUCAUCUUCAGUUUCUUUCACUACUUCUUUAGCAUCUUCUGUAUACAUCAGUUCCUCGGAAUCUUCUUCCCUUGCAGAAACAGAAUCUUCUUCUGUGUCAGAAUUGAGCAGCUCGAGCUCCCUUACUUCCAAUAUAGAAAGUAGUUCCACUGAAAAUUCAUUGUCUUCAUCGCUUGCUUCUUCUUCUUCCAGUGAAUCAAUUGAGUAUUCAGCAUCAUCUUCAAGCACUUCCGGGGUAGCAAGUCUUACGAGUUCAAGUACUAGUGAAUCUACAACGUCUAUACCAGUUUCGUCAGUAUUGUCAGCAAGUGAAAGUCUUACAUGGACCCAACAAGGACCUUUUGCAACCCCAUUACCAAUGGCUCCAUCAUGGGAUGCAGGCUUUGAUCUCUCAUUUCCAAAUGGAACUCAACCAGGAAAUCAAUUCAAUUUAGCUUUCCCUAAUGUUUUUUCAAUUACCACCAACUCAUCCGGUUUACAGAAGAGAGAUGAUUCAGCCGGAACAAUUGCUUUAUCGAUUGAUGGUGUUGAAUAUGCUGUUUGUGAAGUAUUUGAUAGUGGUAUUUCAAGCUCAGCUUCAUCAAUUCAAUGUACUGUGUUGGACACUUUAGCUUCAAAUCCAUCUGUUUCAGGAAGUAUUUCAAUUCCUCUUGUUUUUAAUGUUGGUGGGUCUACUUCAGAUUCAGAUAUACAAGCAGCUAAUGCAUUUGUUAGUGGCCAACAAACUAUCCAAUUUUCUGAUGGAGAAUUUGAUGUCUCAGUUGAAGUUGAUUUCAGCUCUGGAACAGAAUCUAACGAAGAUGCAGAUGAUAUUGUUUAUGCUGUAAGACCUAUGCCAUGGUUAGGACAAACUUCGUUGUAUGCUUUAGGUCCUUCUUGCGAAAAUGGAUGUGUUAAUGGUACUUUGGGUAUUCAAGUUGGAACUGAUGGAGAAUUAGAUUGCUCCAGUUAUGAAGCGUUUAUCUCAAACGACUUAAACGAUUGGUAUUUCCCUAAGUCAUAUGAGACGUUGGAUACAAUUACUCUUGUUACAUGUUCUGCAUCUGAAGUCGUUAUAGACUACUCGAACGUUCCUGCUGGUUACAGAGUAUUCUUGGAUAUUGUUGCAGACACUCAAAAUGAUGGGGAUCAAUAUAUUACUCCAACUUACGUCAAUCAAGCUGUACAAAAUAAUUCAACCAGCUCAUCAUCAGCCCUUUCUUCGUCAUCUAGCUCUGUAAAUUCCAAUGAAGUUUUAAGCACCGAAACUAUUACUUCAGAGACUACUAUAACUACGGUGGUUGUGUUAUCCACUAAUUACUUCUCGUCUGCCUUUUAUUACAAUACUACUGAAACUGAAACGGAGACCACAAUAAUUACUGAAGUAACUACAUUAUCACCUGGUUCAGUAACUACAACUGAAGUUACCUCUACCACUGCAUCAUCUACCAGCAGUUUUAUUACCACCAGCUUUGCAACAACAAUAACAAGAACUAUCACUUCUACUGGAGAAAAUGGUGAGCCAACUACAACCACUGAAACAGUUAUAACUACGAUAGAGACUACUUAUUGUCCUUUGACAGCUGAAGGUACAGGAACAAAUACUCCAGCCACAACCGUAUUAACAACUGAAAGUACUGAAACAAAUACUCCUGCUACAACUUCUACAACUGCAUUAACAUCAGCACAUGGUGGACAGUCCAAUGGUAACACUCAAGUUAAUGGCGAAACAGCUAAGGUUGGAAAUACUUUGACUACCCAAACACCAAUUGUUACGGUUGCAUAUACGACUCAAGUGAACAAUAAUGAAGAGACUUCGGUGACAGCCAAUCCAGGCUCUUCAAUUGGCAAUAAUGUUGAAUCAUUAUCAUUCACCAAUCAAAUCACACAAGCCACCGUUGAAAGUAAUCCAACAAGUUCUACAACUUCUUAUUCAACAACAAGUGUGCAAGUAUCUUCUUAUGAGGGAAGUGCUAAAUCGUUGGUUAUACCUUCCACUUUUAUAUUUGGAUUCCUUUUUACAUUGUUUGACUUAUUUUAA